AUGGCGGCGAUGGCGGCGCCCGUGGCCGCGCUCCGGGCCUGGCUGGAGGCGGCGGCGCGGGCCGAGGCAGCGGCGCGGGCGGCUCUGGCAGCCGCGGCCCCGCUGAUGGCCGCGCUAGCCACGCUGGCGGCGCAGAUGCGGGCGUUGCAGCGGCUGCCGUGGGACGCCACGCCGCUCGGCGCCUUCCCGGAUCUGCGGGCGCGGCUGUGGCAGAAGCAGCGCGGCGCGGCCGAGGCGCUGCUGGAGCAGCUCGGCGAGCGGCGGGAGGAGCUCCGGGCCGUGCGGGACGCCGUGGGGGCCGCCAGCAGCGCUGCGCUGCGGCUCUUGGAAGAACGGGGCCCGGCCGAGCUGGGGCUGGCCCCGGUUCUGCGGCGUGGUCCGCGCUGCCCCUCGCUGGCCGACGUGUUUGAGGGGCUGCAGGACGUGGAACGCUACUACCGGCACCUAAGGUACUUGGAGAGCAAACUGCUCCUGCAACGGCUCAGCUUGGACAGCCUGGCGGACGUGGAAGCCCUUCCGCAGUCCUGGGAGAGGAUUUUGGAGCGUUACAAAGACGACAACGUCGUUCAAGAUACACUUCUGAAGGUCUCACUGUUCAUGGAGAACCAUCACGAGGUGAGCUGGUCACCUGGCUCCUGACAGGGCAGCAGGGACUGGCACUAACCAGCUUCUGGCAUGUUCUGUGAUGCUGCAAAGGGAAUGAGGAGUUGAGGGAACUCUCCUGGCUUUUUGGAAGCUGAAUGAGUUGAGUCUUGCCCUCAGCACGAAAUGCUUGAACUGUACCAUUUUCAAGUGGAAAUGGCCAUGGUCUCUGAAGAAGAGGCUGAGCUUUAAAGCUGUGAGGAUAGAAGGGAGUCACCUCCAGCUGUGGAACUUGUCCUUUCCCUAUUCUGACAUGCAUGUCUUGUGUCAUGGUAAAAAUGUUGAUACUUACCUACAUGAGUGCUGCAGAUGUGUGUGUGUAAUAGAGUCCUUCAGGCUAGUGCCAUGGAAGAUAUUUGGGCUCUGUCCUUACAAAUAAAGAACAUGUGUCAGAUUAAGGUUUAGAAACAGUGGUCACCUCAUGUCUUUGAGCAGUGUGUUUGCAUUCAUCCUACCUGGGCAUGGAGGAGGAAGGAAGCAAAUCUGGCUUGAAAAUCCAAUUAUGGAGGUGCAUGAUGCCGAGUUCUGACAUGGGCACUUUUCAACGGUACUGCUCAGUUACCACUGAAAUCACUGUCAGGUAACCACAGGGACACUUUUUGUUGGCCAUGGCACUGAUCCUCUGAACGUUCCCAGGAAGCAGUGGGGUGUUUGUCUCUCUGCUAUGUAUUUGGUAAGGUACUGUAAAUGCAGGUGAACCUGGUGGGAAGAAAUGCUGAUGUCUGACUCCAGUUCAGAAGGCUGAAUGAUUUCUUUAUUAUAACUCUACUAUAAUACAUUAAUAUACUAUUUAAAGGAGAUACUAAAACUACAUACCUACUAUUUCUAACUACCAAGAACUUGCAACCCUCUCGCGAGAGUCCAGCCACAGGUGGAUUGGAUUGGCCAUCAGGCUCAAACAAUCCUCACCAGAAUCCAACCAAGCAAUCACCUCAGGUAAACAAUUCUCCAAACACAUUCCACAUGGGAAAAACAAGGAGCAGAAAUAGAAAUUGUUUCCUCUGUCUGUGCUCCUCUAUGAAAAAGUCCUGAGAGAGAGAAGAAUGUGACUGCCACAGUAAGGAGCUGGGGCUUCUCAGAGAGCCAAUAAGGAAUUGCACGGGACACUUUGUGGGUGUGUUUAUGCUCACAUUUCUGUGUCCCCAACCCGGGACAUCCCUGUGACCACCUGAGGGCACUGCGUGACCUGUGAACACUGUAGGGGAGCAGAUCAGAAUGCUGGGGGGUGCCAGGAGUGGGAGAGUGCUGGCUCAGGGCUAGGGCUGCCAGUGCUCCCAUCAGGGAUGGGGAUCACGAGUUCUAGCUGCAGUUCUUCACAUGCAGUUGUAACUGCAAAGAAAACCAGCUGCAAGGAAAACCCGCUCCUGGCGCUGGGUGUCCUGCCCAGGUGGGUUCUGCUCCUGGCAGGGCUCGGUGGCCUGGUGGGGGCUCACGUGGCUGUACAGCCUUGUGCUGCUUACACAGGGUUUGGAGCAUGGCUGAUGGCUCAGGGUCAGUCAGGGGUGUCAUCCUCGCAAACCAGUAGGUCAUGGUGAGCUUGGAUGCAGAAUUGUCUUUGCAUGUGUGCAUGCUGUACAACCCUUAAACACCCCUCUUCUGUCAGCCUCUCUUCAGGACAGCUGCCCAAUGAACAAAUGGGUUUAAAUUCUGGAAGAUGUUCAGCACAGUUCAGUGAUGGCCCUUCUGCUUCUCCCAGUUGUUUCGUCUGUCUUUGUGCUAACAACAGCCCUGCUAAAAUGCUGAGGGAGCUUUCUGCAUUGAAAGUGGCCAUGCCCUGACUCUGCCUGACUGAAAUGGGGUGAAGGAGGUGCUCAUUGGAGUUUUGGUGUGAUUAAUUGCUCUGUGCUGUUCCUGACUGAUGGGCUGUGUCAUCAGUUGCAUUUGUCUGCAGCGUUCUGCAGAGUGUGAGUGAGUCUCUGCAUCAGAGCUCUCUAAUUGGGAUCAGCUGUGGGCUUGUUCCAUUGCAGAUCUGCAUCUUCUGUCAGGAUGGCUGCCAGAGACCCCAUUGCUAAGGAGGACACAGUUCCUCGUGUGUGCAGCCCUCCCUUCAGCUGGCAUUUGCCCUGGCAUCAGGAGCCAGGGUGGGCAUUCAGCCUUUCAGUGUCACACGUGUCAGCAGGCAGGUGGAAAGGCCACUCCUGCUCCUCCUUGCUUGCCAGCUGUAGGGCUGAGUCAGACCUCUGCUCACCGCACAGGGAGGUCUCUGGGUGCCAGAUUUCAGCACCUUCCUGAGUACUGGGGCAGGAGGGAGGUGAGUGAGAGGAGCAGCUGCUGCUCCAGCUGCCUGGGGAGCUAAGUGUGGGGUCAGGGUGAUGCCUUUUCCUUGGUCCUAAAAUUAAGAGCCAGACACAGUUAAGGGAUAAAGGGGUUUAUCUUGGUAUUUAAUAAGAAUCCUUAUGGUGCAACACUUCAUCAAAGUGGGGUGUGCUGAAAUGUACACCCAAGAGAUUAUGUAUACAAUUUUAUAGAUUUUGCAAAUUAGUAUAUCUAAUAAAUAUCCUUCAAUGAGAUGCUUGAAUAACAGUGUGACAUUUUUUCAUCUUAAAGUAUUCCCUCUUGGAUGGGCUUAAUCUCAGUUUAUAGGAUGUAUUUUAGAUGGGACCUUGGUUUUUCAAGAUAGCAUAGGGCUUUCCAUCUUUCAUCUACAAGGCCUUUAGGGUGUUUGGUUUUCUGGCUUAGCAGAAUAUCAGGACUAUAUUAAGUUAUCAGACUUAAGGAAUUACAAGUAUGUAUUCUAAGAGCACUGAGAAUACAUAAAAGAUUUAUAAAAUAUAUAGAAAAGGCAAACAUUCAACAUGGCAUCAAGGGGCUCCAGCCUGUGCCGUGUCUUAGUGAGGCUAUGGGUAAGGCAGCACUAAGGGCUCUGAGACCAACAGGUAAAAGAUAUGUCAACAUAAAAAUAAAUCCAAGUACCUUUAUUUUUGGAGGAGAGUUCUUAAAGUAUUCUUGCACGGAGAUCUGUCUUUGAGGAAUGCAAUAAAAUGCAGUUAGCAGCUGGAGCUACCUUGUUAAAGGAAAAUUGUCAGGAAACACAAAGCUCACACUUUGAAUUUCAGCUUUAACUCCUGCUAACUCCAUUGGAAAAUAGUUAUUCUUCGUUUACAGGAAAAGCACAAACUAAAUUCAGUUACUAAAUUCAAAUGCCCACAUUUAUAAGGAGCACCUGACUGGUGUGUGGUUGUUUAGUUUCCUCCCUUAGGGGUGAGCACUGGCUUCUGGUGCAGCAGGGCCUUUGCGGUUCUGCUUAGAAAUGGGGACCUGCUCUUGGUAACACCAGACUUCCAAAACAAACCCAAAAGCUUUGCUUCAGCAUAAGCUCAUGGAUUUGAAACAGAUUUCAAAACCAAGUGUAUUUCAAGACUCCACAGUUAUGGAAAACACAGCGGAUUUGGCACCUGGAGUGUAAAGCGCCUCGGAGGCAGAAAUAUGUGAUAAAAAGCUUUGUGAUUAAUUUAAUAAACCAAGUAUGUGUUUCACAA